CUUGUUGGUCACGUCGCCCUUCUCUUUGUUCAGGUUGGGCACGUAGCUUCUGGCCACCGGCUUCCUGGAUCGCAUCAGUUUCUGCCAAAGACACAGAAGGUGCAACAGGAGUCUGAUCAGACGCACUACACGGUCAAUCCACACGAGGGCAGUGAUGGACUUACUAGAGGGCUGUCCAGUCAUCAUUGCCACAAAGAAGAAGAGAAACUUGGCCACAUUUGAAAAGGAUAAGCCUCCCUAGGGGAUGAGACUCCAUCCUUCAUAUCAGUGUCUGCGGCUCUGGGAUCGUUGACAACCUUGGCUGCGCGUUGGCUCAGGAUGGCGCAUGGAGGACCCCCGCUUGACCACGUCCUGCAGGACCUCAAGCAGCGCUUCCCAGAGAUCCCGGAAGGGGUAGUGUCACAAUGCCUUUUGCAGAACAACAACAACCUAGAUCGCUGCUGCCACCUGCUGACCCUGGAGAGUAACCGAUACCUCUACGGGGAUUUCCAUCACAGUCCGGAGGAGGUGAGUCGCAAUCACAUGCUCCACAUUAACCUGGGCUACCAGGGCUCGGACGUCAACAAGCCAAAUGGAGCGGCGGCAGGGCGCUCGCUGGUCCACAGCACCAGUGACAGCCACAUCGAUCCCCAGAGACCCAACUACCCCGAGCCCCUGUCAGCGCCCGCCGCCAUGGCCCCCUCCGCCGGUUACAAUGCUUUUUUCAUCAACGACCAGAGCCGUUCGGCGAGCACCCCCACCCCGCCGCCGAUUCAGAGUAUGUCCCCCACCUUCUCCCCCGUCACGCGCUAUACUAUGAACCCUAUCGCGGUAACACUUUCGCAAAGUAUACCCAAUGCCCCACAGGCGUUGCAGAUACCCCCCGGGCACUAUGCUAACAGUGGCAGCACCAUUUAUAUCCGACCCUCGCCCUCCCAGAGCCCACAGCCGCCACCGUGGCCGUCCUCGGGUACCACCGUUUAUCACCACCAGUCCCCCUACAGCACCCCUACUUAUGGCUCGCCGUACAGUUCCCCCCAGCAUCAGGUGCAACCCCAGCCUCAGGUGCAACCUCAGCAGCCGCCCCAGCACCAGCAAUACGUCUUCCUCCCCAUUAACUCGCCGACACACCCCAGCAUGUCCUACCACCACCAGCAGCAGCCCCCCGUCUACAGGCCCUACCACUCCCACAAGAACCAGAUUGAGAUUACCCUGGAAGGACCGCGGCCUCGCAGCAACUCCCCCGUGCACGCCCCCCACCCCCAGGGAGCGCUUUACAUGACCACCAAUCCUUCGCCCAGCUCGCCUUCCAGGGGCGUCGCCCUAAGUGGACCUCCGGGAUCGGCGCCCUACCACGCGGGAAAGUACCUGCAGCACCACAGCCCCGCGAGGCCUCGGCCCGCCUCCUCGCCGCAGCCGGGCCAGUCCGCGUACACCUUCCAGAUCAAAAUGAGCGGAGGGCAGGCCCAGAGACCGCCCAGCUCGCCUCCCGUGGCUGAGGCCGAGUCGCUCCUCAACAUCGUCGACCAGGGGGAGAAGAAUGCCGCCCCUCCGCCCAUCCUGCCCAUCUCCGCGCUGCCAGGGAACGUGGCCAGUCAGUUUCGCCAAACGCACCGACGUUCCAGCUCGGGCUCCGAUGACUACGCCUACACUCAAGCGCUUCUGCUCCACCAGCGAGCCAGGAUGGAGCGCCUUCUGAAGGAGCUGCUGAUCGAGAGGCAGAAACUGGAGCAAGUGAAGUCGGACGUCAACAACAUGGAAUACGAUGCCCUACAGAGACGCUUUCGUAGAGUCAACUCUACCAGUCUUAUACCCAGACCUGAGGAGAUGACUCGAUUGCGGACCCUCAACAGACAGCUCCAGAUUGAUAUCGACUGCAUGCUGAAGGAGACAGAUCUACUGCAGUCCAGAGGGAAGUUUGACCCGCAAGCCAUGAACAACUUCUACGACAACAUCCAGCCUGGACCAGUGGUGCCGCCCAAACCAGGAAGGAAAGACGGGGAUCAUACCUCCAAGCAAGUGUCGGUGCCUCAGAGGGACGAAGACUUUGAAGGCGCACAGUGGGGCUGUGAAUACUGCACCUUCCUCAACCACCCCGCUCUCAAACGCUGUGAACAAUGCGAUAUGCCGCGCUACACCUGAGCUGAAAACGCCGCAUCCGCCUGCCGCGCCCUCCUAGAAUGUGGAGGAAGUGGCCUGUCAAUCAAUAUUUAAGAGCCUGCUGAGGAAGAGCCACCAUCCCUCCCUGGCCAACUUGUCCUGCUCUUAUCUGCUACUCCUGUGCACUUUGAUUUCAUCCUCUUGUUUUUAUUUCAGGGGGGGGUUGGCGACUCCGAUGGCUAAUCUUUUUAAAAGGACUAAGAAGCGCGCACUCGGGCAGCGAGUGUCCCGCGGAGUCAGAAAGGUCAAAGUUAAUACAAGGAUGGACUUGUGGUUUACCUGCAAACAUUCCAUGCGGAACGAGGGACUGUCCUGUUUACACAGCUGCAUCCAUUCCCGCUCUCCGCUCCAGGAACGGUAUCUUAUUUCUCUCUCUUGCUGACAGUGGAAUAAUGCAAGGUCUGACUAAUGCAAAUGUAGACUCUACACUGUAUGUGGCUCUGGCUUCAGAGCUGGGGGGGGAACAAGAACACUAAAAAAAACAACAUAUGAGUAUAUCCCUGGUACUUUUAUGGCACCCUCUGUAUUACGUGAUGGUUUCCUGUGCGAAUGCCUCAACUUGCUGUAAUUAAUAAAGGAGCGGAUUCUGUGACGUGACCAAAGUGGGCUGGCAUGUCCUUACAAUAACAGCGAGACAAAGAAGACCUCCCUACAUAUGGCACCAUGUACUGUAAGUCUUGUGUAUCCAUAAUUAUUGAUGUUUUUUAUGACCUAUGGAAAAUAUAUUUUAUUUAAAAUGUAACUUUCCUGUGAUUAUAACCCCUCAGCUAUCAGGGCAGAAAGGAGAUGGCAACACAAGCAUGGAAAACAAUGUAAACAACAUAUUUAACACUUAACAGUAAGAUCUUAGGAAUAUGUAAGAAAUGCUUGAUAAAGUGUAAGAAAAUAGUGAGAAAAUGGAAGCAUUGAGAGAACUAUUUUCUGCAGGUUUAGUGGCAGGAAGUUACAGCUGUGCUCUAAAGGGUGAGCGCGGCUAAUGUGAUGUGGUAUUAGUGGUCUUGCCUUGCAUCAUUUACAGACCACAUUGGUCUGACUACGGCAUACUUGCCAACCCUCCCGAUUUUCCCGGGAGACUUCCGUUUUUUCAGUGCCCCUCCUGAAAAUCUCCCGGGGCAACCAUUCUCCCGAAUUCCUCCCGAUUUCCAUCCGGACAACAAUAUUGGGGGCGUGCCUUAAAGGCACUGCCUUUAGCGUCCUCUACAACCUGUCGUCACGUCCGCUUUUCCUCCAUACAAACAGCGUGCCAGCCCAGUCACAUAAUAUAUGCGGCUUUUACAUACACAUAAGUGAAUGCAACGCAUACUUGAUCAACACCAUACAGGUCACACUGAGGGUGUCCGUACAAACAACUUUAACGCUGUUACAAAUAUGCGCCACACUGUGAACCCACACCAAACAAGAAUGACAAACACCUUUCGGGAGAACAUCCGCACCGUAACACAACAUAAACACAACAGAACAAAUACCCAGAACCCCUUGCAGCACUAACUCUUCCGGGACGCUACAAUAUAACCUCCCCCCCCAAAGCCCCUCCCCCCAUCUCCCGAAUUCGGAGGUCUCAAGGUUGGCAAGUAUGGACUAUGGUUCCUAUAAUUAUAAUCCCUCAGCUAUCAGGGCAGAAAGGAGAUGUCAACACAAGCAUGGAAAACAAUGUAAACAACAUAUUUAAAUCACCUUGAACACUUAACAAUAAGAUCUUAAAAUAAGGAAUAUGUAAGAAAUGCUUGAUAAAGUGUAAGAAAAUAGUGAGAAAAUGGGAGCAUAGAGAAAACUAUUAUGCUAGAUCCACUCGACGUCCAUUGCACCGGUCGCCCGGGGUGGGGGGUCCCCACAUCUGCGGUCCCCUCUAAGGUUUCUCAUUGUUAUCCCAUUGGGUUGAGUUUUUUUCUUGCCCUGGUGUGGGAUGUCGUUGUGGCUUGUGCAGCCCUUUGAGACACUCUUAGGGCUAUAUAAGUAAACAUUGAUUGAUUGAUUUAACUAUUUUCUGCAGGUUUAGUGGCAGGAAGUUACAGCUGUGCUCUAAAGCAGUGGUCCCCAACCUUUUUGUAGCUGCGGACGCUUGAAAAUGUAUCCCACGGAC